GCACAGAGAUUCCUGCUGGCAAUGAAAGUUAUCUCUCUCAGCAGUGAGCUGUAAAUGCUUUCAAGGCAUCGGCUUUUGUUUUUCUACAGUUUCAGUGUGUCCCGCAGUUGAACUCCAGCUCAGACAAAAAACUGCUCGUAAAACCGUCAGUUGGGAUGUGAAGGUUAGUCUUUUAUUGCCUUUGACCAGGCACAGAGGACUUGCAGGGGGGAUGUGGGCCUGAUAAGCAAACCUUUGUGAUUAUGUUGUGUUGAUUCGACUCUGUGACUACUCAGGCUGAGAACUUCAGCUGUUUACAUCUUUGCUAUGCUUUUCGAGAAGGAAACAAUUCUGAAGAAACAUCACGAAUGGAUGACGGGGGACAGUGAUCUUUGCCAGGCAUUAGGGCAACUCCUGUCGAAUGACGAGCCUGAUGUUGUACUAAGUGCUGCUGGAGCUGUGGCCACAUCGGUUGAGAGCCCAUCAGGGCUACAGCAGCUGCUUCAGGAACAUGUUGUCUUCAGUCAAGUCCUUGAGAGAGUCGCCUGCCUUCUGAACCACGAGAGAGAGCGAGUGGUUAACUCAGCCACUCUUAUUCUGGCCCGGCUUUCUUUGUAUGAACCUGCCUGCCAAAAGCUUCUAUGUCACCCAUCAGCCUCAAUGAUUUUUAAACGUUUAGUUCAGUGUCUGACCCACAGCCGCACAGACACUGCUAUGAACGCAUCCUUCACUAUUGGGUGCCUGUUUGGAUGUGAGCAAAGCCGAUGCCUUAUUCUGGCUGAAGCCAAAGAGCAAAAGUUGAUGAGUGGUCUGGAAACGUUAUUGUCCAAUGGCGUGGAGUCAGAGGCGGGGCAAACUGCUUGUUUUGCAUUGAGUUGCCUGGCAUCUAAGGAUGAUGGGCACGCCUUGUUAAUAGAGAGCCCGUCCUUACCUGGUUUGUUGGAUAGUCUACUAAGUUUGUUAAGGAGUGGAGACCCAGACAGCAUUUGGUUUGCUGCAAUGACAGUGAGAGCUUUCGUGUCUCGGCCGAAUGGAGUUACUCAAGUUAGAGAGCACGGCGCUUUGGAGGAAAAAUUAAAGCGUCUCUCUGUCUCUCCAUCCACAAGCUCAGAGCUGCAGGAGGAGCUUGGGGCAUGCCUCAGAAAGCUAAAGCGCUUGCCUAAACCGUCCCCUGUUACUAUUCGACACCAAUCGAUGGCCUGCGUUACAUCCUGGGAAAAAAUAAAACCUGAAAGUGGCCUGGAAGUUACCUAUUGUCUCUUUGAUGGAGAUACCAUGUUGUACCGUGGCCCAUGGUGUCAAAUCACUAUACCCUAUUCUCAUAUUCAGCACAAGCAACCACUUUCUUUACGACUUAAUCUCUCUACGUUGGAUGGUGACAUGAGUCCCUUCAGUGAACCUGUGGAGAUACGAGUAGAGGGUCUAGGGCUUAAACCUGGGCCACCACAGGACUUAUGUGUUACCUCCUGCACAGCUACUGAGGUGCGACUGAAAUGGGCAGGGCCAGAUGGGGACGUCAAGCCCAGAUCUUUCCAGGUAUACUGUGAUGAUAUGCUGCUGGAAACUACCAGAGAGCUGGGGGCUACGGUGAGCUCGCUAUCUCCAAGCACUACAUACACGGUAAGUAUUUGUACACUGGGUCCAGGAGACGCGUGCAGUUCCCGGUGUAGUAUUACUAUUCGCACUGCAGAUGCUCAAGAUCAUGCUCCUAGUGGUGUGGCAGUUGCUGUGCUGGGAUGCCACAAGCUCCAAAUCAUCUGGGCUGCCCCAGAGGUGCCGCUCGGCCGCCUCUUCUUAUACGAGCUACGAGUGAACGGGUGUGUGGUAUACUCAGGCAGAGAGUGCAUUCACACGAUGCGCCAUCUUACCGCCAACACAUCGUACACCUGCACAGUGACAGCCAUAACCUCCAGGGGGCGCUAUCAGAGCCAGGCUGUUACCAAACGCACUGCCAAGGACGAAUACGUGAACACGAACAGGGGUCUCUGUUCUCCUAAAUGCCAAACAUUUGCACGUUGUCCAGCAAGAGAAACAAGCGAAGUCACAAACAGGGGCAGGAAGUUGUUAUUCAUGCCGACCUCUGAUCAAAUCAAAUCAUCCAGAAUGAAGUCUGAGGAGAAGUCAGUGGGUCUUGUUGCUCAUUUGGAUGCUGAGGCACAAUUAAACAAUAUCAGGAAUAGUUCAAAUACGAGGGUGGUUCCAUCUGAACGCCACAUUAUGCUGGCGUUCAGACGCUCAUCUGCAUCCUCAUCCUCACACCCUGUACAUCCCAGACCAAAAAUCAAUCCAGUAGUGUUGCAAAGCUGUCGAGCUGAAAAAGCAGCACUAGAUAAAGGGAGGCUUCCCAUCAUCAACCCAAGGAUAAGUAAGUUAAGUGGGUUAGAAGUUAGAACUGAGAAUGUAAGACUCCUCCAGCCAGUCUCUUAUAACUGGUCUGAUCUCAAUCCUACACAUCAUCACCAACGUACCCCGCACAGAAAAAGGUUUGUGAUUGGGUCGAGAGCGAACAGUCGGCUAAAAGGAAAACGUUUCACAGUGUGGAAACAAGUUGAAGAUUUGAUCAUUUAAUCUGUAAUUGUACUGUCAAAUAUUAACUUUCAGAUGGCGUGAAAGAUAUUUUAUGUCUUGUUGAGAAAAAAAAAAGAUUCAUUACAUUAUAUUUGUGUAUGUUGUACAAAAAUAAACAAUGUUUGUCAUUUCAAAGGAACCUAAAGAAAUAAAAGUUUCCUGUAACACCUUUUAUUAAACUCA